UUGGCUGCAAAUGACAUUCAGCAUGAGUUUGUGGCUCAUUGAUGUGAUGAACAAGGACACUGUGAAUAAUGAAGCGUUUGCUGCGAUCAACCCCAACAAGAGGAUACCUGCGAUCGAUGACAAUGGCUUCAUUCUAACAGAGAGCACUGCAAUUCUCCGCUAUCUGGCUGUCAAGCACAAGGUGGCAGACCACUGGUACCCGACCGCUCUACAAGACAGGGCCAGAGUGGACAAAGCUCUCUCCUUCUUCCCUCAGAACAUUUGUAAUGGCUGCUUCUUCCAUACUUGCAUCUUCCCACGAAGGACUGGAAAGCCAAGAAAUGAAGAAAAGUGUGCUGAAUUACGUGCUGACUUGAAUCAGCCCUCAAUUUCACCGAAAACUCUCUGCUCAAAAGCAGAAAAUUUCAUUGGAGGAGACAAUAUCUCGAUAGCUGGCCUUCAAUACCUGGGUGAGAUCACUCAGUUUUAGAUGUCCCAUAACGACAUCUACAAGGGACGAUCGAACAUGGAGCGAUGGAUGGAGGACUGUCAGAGCACACUGGCCCCUCAUUUCGACAAGGUGCACACAAAAGUAAGGACCGUGCAAGCAGCUGGACACCUCAAGACCGAGAUUGAUUUUAGCCCCUGAAAACUGAAACUGAAACUAGUAGUUAAUUGUCUUAAUUAUGGAUGAGAUACCUGUC